GUGGAUUAGUUGAAGUUAGACAUUUACACCAUUAGAUAUCGGCUCAGUGGUCUUAUGGUUAAGCGCUCGCGCACAAGACUGAUAGGUUCUGGGUUUGAAUCUCGCGAGACGGGAACGUGGAUGCGCACAUCUGAAGAGUCCUACGAUAGAAUGAAACGGCCAUCUAGUGCUUUUAAGUUUACCAUGUUGGUCUAGCUUCAAUUGAUUCAUGAUCUCAAAUGUUGAAAAAUUAAAGAGAUGAGUUGAAAUUAAAAAAAGUUAAAAAAAAAUACAUAAAAACAACAUAGGAAUUAAAGGUGCAUUUAACACUCAAUGACAAAGUACCAGUUUAAAAGAACUAUGAGAGCUUGUAAAUAAUUCAUGUAGCUUACAUUAACACUAUUGUAAUAAAUGUUCUUUAAGAAUAAACCUUCAUCAACACAUUUAAUUUUUUUUCAUGUUCAAGUUUGCUCGGAUCAAACAUCAUGCAGUGAAUGCCUCAGACCAGGUGCAUUCAUUACAAAAUGUUAUUGGUGUCCAAGAACAAAAAACUGUACUAAUAGCCAUGAUAAAUAUGAGAGAAUGUGGAGGAAAGGACAGUGUCAAAUACAGGAUACUGCAAAUUGUCCUGUUCAGAACAAUGUUCAAACUAAUCCGAUUCAAAAUACCACACUUCUACCAACAACUUCGAUCACAGGAAGUCAAUUUACAAAUCUCACACAGGAAAUCAUAGACAAGAAUUCAUCAAAACACAUACCCGGUAUGAAUAUUGUUCAAGUAAUUCAAGUUAAUAAAACACUAAACAUUCAACUAGGCAAUGUGGAUACUGUAAAUUGUCCUAUUCAGAACAAUGUUCAAACUAAUCCGAAUAAAAAUUCCAUACGUUUAACAAAACCCUCAAUCAGAAGAGAUAAAUGUAAAAAUCUUACAAAGGAAAUCAUAAACAACAAUUUAUCAAAACAUAUACCCAGUACAAAUAUUGUUCAAGGAAAUCAAACUAAUAAAACAUUGAGUAUUCUAUUAAUCAAUAUGUUUUCUAAAGUUCUCUAUAUGUUAGAUAGUUCACAUAUAAUCUUAUUGAUGUUAGCAACACUAUUUAUUAUUAAUUUUAUUAUCCUUUUUAAUAUAUUACGUGGUUUAUUAUAA